CAUCCCGCUAGUGUGUCGCGCGACUCGAGAUCGGCCACAAGUGGUCGUACUGUGCUGGCGUGCGCUCGUCUUCAACCGUGUCAUUAGAUUAUCACAUUGCUACCAAUUCGAACCGACCUGACCCGAGCCGGCGCGCGUGCAUCGUGAAAGUGUUAGCCGAGCGUCUGUCGUGGUUCAUCGAAAUUACCAUUAUUGACGCAACCCAGGAGGUUAACCACUGAAGUGUGAAAGUCCAUACGAAGUUUUCAAGCCGCACCACACACUCCUUUGCCAGCACGUGACCACUCUCUUCUUUCACACGUUUCUUAUGUGAGACUCCUACCGCAACCAAACGGAAAAAAGAAGAAGCCCUUCACAUUUUUGUUCAAGCCAAAAGUUAAGCACGGUGAAGACCAGCGUGGAUAGCGGUAGUCGUAACAUUAUUAGCACUAGUAGUGAGUUUUGUUUAGCAACGUUACAAGUAGUCGUCAAGUAGAAGAGAAGACAAGUAGUGUCCCAAUCCAAAGCGAUGGAUCUAUCGAGCCUUCGUCACAGCCUUAACAGCAGCGGGGAGAGCAGCAGCGGCAGCAGCCGUUGCAGCAGCCGCAGCAGCAGCCGGUGCAACAGCCGCAGCAGCAGCACCAGCCGCCGCGGGGGCGGGGCCCGCGGGACGCGACCCCACCUGGCGCUCCCCGACACCAUCCCCGUCGUCAGCCUGGCCAGCCUGCGCCUCGACGGACACACCGCGGCCAGCCCCCUCGACAGCCCCAGCAGCCCGGUGGACAGCCCCAUCGACAGCCCCCUGACCAGCCCCUUGAUCAGCCCCCUGACCACCAUCCCCGUCAACCCUACCCCGGACACCAAGCCGCAGGCUGAGGCCGGCGGUGGAACUCCGCUUCCGCUAAUGCAGUGCGGGUCGCUGGCCGUGUGCGCCGAGCGGCUGCGUCGCUCCGGGAUGGAGUCCCUCAGCGGCAAGCCUCAGCAGCGGCUGUCCGUGCUGAGCUUCGAGCAGGUGCAGCGCCUGAGCGACAUGAUGGACGAGGUCGUGUCCAUCCACGGGCGCGGCAACUUCCCCACCCUGGAGGUGCGCCUGCGCGACCUGGUGGCCGUGGUGCGCAGCAAGCUGGAGGUGGACAUGCCCGUCCGCGACAUCCGGCUCAACGGCGGCGGCGCCAGCCACGUGCUGGCCUCGGACCCGCAGCCCUACAACGACCUGGAUCUCAUCUUCGGCGUGGAGCUGACGGCGCCCCGGAACUUCGAGCGCGUCAAGGCGGCCGUGCUGGGGUCGCUGAUGGACCUGCUGCCGGAGGGUGUGAGCCGCAAGCGCAUCACGACGUGCUCGCUCAAGGAGGCGUACGUCAGCAAGAUGGUCAAGGUGAACCACGACGGUGACCGCUGGUCGCUCAUUUCCCUCGGCAACUCGCGCGGCCACAAGAACGUCGAGCUCAAGUUCGUCGACUCGAUGCGCCGGCCCUUCGAGUUCUCGGUCGACUCGUUCCAGAUCGUGCUCGACUCCCUCCUGCUCUUCUACGAAUGCUCGGACCUGCCCAUCAGCGAGAACUUCUACCCGACCGUCGUGGGCGAGAGCGUGUACGGCGACUUUCAAGAGGCGCUCUACCACCUGCAGAAGAAGCUGAUCGCCACCCGGUGCCCAGAGGAGAUCCGCGGCGGCGGCCUGCUCAAGUACUGCAACCUGCUGGUGCGCAACUACCGGCCCGCCCGCUCCGACAUGAAGUCCCUGGAGCGGUACAUGUGCUCCCGCUUCUUUAUCGACUUCCCCGACAUCGCGCAGCAGCGCGCCAAGCUGCAGAGUUACCUCAGCAACCACUUUGUCGGCCGCGCCGAGGAGGCGCUCCGCUACAGGUACCUGCUGCUGCUGAGGCGCGUUGUGGAGCAGAGCACAGUAUGCCUCAUGGGGCACGAGCGUCGGCAGACGCUGCAGCUCAUUGAGCAGCUCGCCGCGCUGGUGCUGAGCCAGGAGCAGGCCCUGCAGGGCAGGCUCGGCCCCCAGCAGGCUCAGGGUGGCCCACAGCCCACCUGGGUCUACCAGAAUGGUUACUUCUACGCCCCUGUGAUCCCCAGCUACACUGCGUGUUCGUGCUCAUGUAAUGCGCCCACUGGCUGGAUGGCGGCCUGCUCGUCGUGAUCUAACUCCGUCUCUCUCUAACUGGAUCACCCCUUUUUUUUUUUCACUCUAUCUCCCUCCCCCUUUCGGGCCGGGCAUCCCGAUCUCACCGGCCACAAAGUCUAUCGUACCUGGCGAAUCGUAGGUUAAGUCUUGACUGUAAAGUAAAUCAUCACUGUGAAGUGAAUUUUUUGUUAUUACUUUGUUUCGAUUAGUGUGCUGGCUGAAAGCCACUCUGGUAGCCGGCAAAGUCCCAUUCCAAAAUACUAAAACCUGUUAUGUGAAAAUGAAGGUGACAACUGUGUAAAAAUGAGUGAUGGAUUUAGAUUAAGGCGAAAGUUGGCUCAAGACUGGGACCUAUUUAUCUUAAUUUAUAGUAGUUAGCGGUUUUGUUUAAUGAAAGCUGAGCCCUGGAGCACUACAAGAUACAGGGUGAUACACAUACAUGGCCAUGUUUGUUCGUGAUAUAGUGACGCGUGCGCUGCGCAAGUGGGGGGUGGCCGGGACCUUCUAGUCAGUCGGGCUGCUUAAGCCAAGAGUCUUGCAAAGAUUUGCAUUUUCUUAAUCUUGAGUUUUAUUUCUUGUGUGUUUAUAAUUUUUUGUUUCGAUGUAUAUCCUCUUAGGUGCACAUAUGGAUGCACAUUAAACUUUUGAGGUACCUUCCUUUUGUUGCAGUAAUGUCAUUUUAUUGUAAUUUUGGUGUAAAAGCCAUUUGUAAUUUUUAACGCACACGUUGCAUUAUUUUUAUGUGUUGGGUGGACUGACACUUGUUGCCCAAGACGCCGCCUGACCCUGCAUAGCGCAGUGCAUGGGCCCGAGUGUUGCUAUAAUUGAAAAUGUAUAAAAGCAUAAAAAUAUAAAUGUUCCUUAUUAGCAUGUUAUGUGCGGGGUCCAAGUGGUGAUUCAAAAUGAGCAUUAUGGUGACGAUGAACAAAUAUGCUAUUACGGGUUGUAAUACCAAGUUUGUUCUUAGUCACCUACUGGGCCUAGCUGACCGAUAUGAUAUAUUGUAAAAGUUUAUUAGUGAGGUUCGUGAGAAUUUUUUUUUAAAUCACGAUAUGUAAUUAAAAGACCUUUGAUGCAAGCAUCAACGCAAUGCACAUGGGGACAGUGAUUUUCUACGUUUUAGGUAGAUCAUGUAUUUCUCGUUAAUUAUUAUUAUUAACUAUUGAAGGAGGUGGCACUUCGUCGCAUAGUCAUUAAAAAAAAACUCUUUGCAUUUUCUUGGCAUUAACUUGUAGCGUUCAGCUCCCAGUCUUAUUCCCUAAAGUAAACAAAAAAUAAGAAAGAUGAUUGAAGUACUGCGUCUUGUAGGCAUCGCUUGCAGCAGUAGCUCAUAGCGGCCUCGAAUAUUACUCAAUAAGUUUGUAGAAAACUUUAUCUUUCUGUAAUUUUAUGUACGUGCCAAAAAAAAAUGAAUAUUGUGAUUGUACGGUGGCGGCUGUGCCGGGGCGCGGUUGAUUGAUUGAAAUCACAUUGUACAGUUAUCAUGUACGCUAUUGUAAGGUUGACUUUUUGUAAGACAAGUCGUUUCUUUUUUUAAUAGUUAAAUGUUGAAUCAAGGUAACAUUAUGGCACUGUACAGAUGGUGUGAGACCACCCUGGUCUGCCUGUGUCAUGUAUCUCAGACUUGCUAUAAUAAUUGUACUUAUGCCCAGAGGAGGUUGUGCUGUGACUAUAGGCUGCAAACCGCUGCCCCUGGUUGUGAUUGUCAAAUUUACUGAAAUUUAUUUUUGACUUUAAAAAAAAGAUUUCUGAAAACCAAUAAAAAUGGUAAAUGAAUGCUA